GGAGCGCUGCUGAAAUGGCCACCAAACUUGUGGAUCUGGUGUACUGGAAGAACAUGAGGAAGACCGGAGUUGUGUUUACGGGUCUGGUGAUUGGCCUUGCCAGCCUCUUCCAGCUGAGCACCAUCACUGUGCUUUCCCACGUCUUCCUGGGUAUCUUGUGCAUCACCUUCCCUCUUCGUCUUUAUUAUAAAUUGCUGGAGCUGCUGCGCUGGAACCCUGGUGUCCACCCCUUGCAGUCAUAUCUGGAAUAUGACAGCUCUCUGACAGAUAAGGAUACAGUGAUGCUGGUAGAGGAGGUGGUUCUGCUGAUCGCAUUUGCAGUCACAGAGAUGAAACGUCUUCUUUUUAUCGACAACAUGAUCGACUCCAUUAAGUUCGUUCUGCUCCUCUAUCUGCUGACGUAUGUUGGCAUCGUAGCCAACGGGUUGACACUGGUGAUAGCUGCUGUGAUAGCUGUUUUCUCACUUCCUCUGUUAUACAAAAAGCAGCAGGUGCCGAUAAGAAGAAUGGUUAGAACGUCCAAAAACUUAGUAAAGAAAAUCAAAAGUGUAUAUGUCAGUCUGUAUGAAUCUAUUAGACCUCCUGCUGCCCCAGAGCCAACCACAAAACCUGCACCACCAGCUGCAUCUGCCCCCAAACAGAAAGCCAAGUCAAAAUAACCUGUUGGUAGCACGUUGAAAGGAUCUGAAAAAUGCUGGAAUGGUACAUCCUCUUUGGGGCCGCUGGUGGGGCAGCUCAUUUCCAUCUCUUCACCGUGAUUGUUUAUGGGAGCAAGAUUUAAUUGAUCCAGACAGCGGAAACAAAGCUGCCA